UAAUGAUGUCAUAAAGCACUGAAUGCUAUACUAUUGCUCUACAAAUCGUUCGGUGACUUUAAAUUUGAAUCUUAUCAUCAUGGCAAACCCAAAUAUUAAUAUUAAAUACACUCAGAUUUUUAUUAAUAAUGAAUUCGUUAAUUCUGUCAGUGGUAAAAAAUUUCCAGUUCAAAACCCAAGUACUGAAAAAAUAAUAGCACAAGUUGCUGAAGGAGAUAAAGCUGAUAUUGAUAAGGCAGUCAAAGCAGCAAAGACUGCUUUUGCUAGGGCAUCACCAUGGAGAAAAUUGAAACCAUCAGAACGUGGUGUUCUUCUUCUAAAAUUGGCAGAUCUUGUAGAACGAGACAAAACUAUACUUGCUAGCAUUGAAACUCUAGAAAAUGGGAAACCUUUUAGCGGAGCGGAAUGGGAAAUAAGUGCAACAGUAGAAUUUCUUCGCUAUUAUGCAGGAUGGUGUGAUAAAAUUCAUGGAAGUACAUUGCCAUCUGACGAUGGAACUGUCGUGAUGACAAGAAAAGAACCUAUUGGAGUAGCUGGACAAAUAACUCCCUGGAAUGGUCCAGUAGUUAUUACUGCAAUCAAAUGGGGUCCAGCAUUAGCUGCAGGGUGUACUGUUAUUCUCAAGCCUGCUGAACAAGCUCCUUUAGCUAUUCUAUAUUUAGCAGCGUUAUCUAAAGAAGCAGGAUUUCCUCCUGGAGUCAUCAAUGUCGUUCCUGGAUAUGGACCAACCGCUGGAGCUGCUCUUGCUGAGCAUCCUGAUGUAGCAAAGAUUGCCUUUACUGGAUCUGUUGAGGUCGGAAAGAAAAUUAUGGUGGCUGCAGGUAAUAGUAAUCUUAAACGAGUAAGUCUUGAACUUGGUGGAAAGAGUCCAUUUGUUAUCUUCGAUGAUGUCAAUGUUGAGGAAGCAGCCCAAAUUGCUCACGAAGCUAUAUUUAAUUAUUCUGGUCAAAUUUGUAUUGCUGCUUCUCGAGUCUACGUUCACUCAAAGAUAUAUGAUGCAUUCAUAAAAAAAUCCAAGGAAUUAGCUAUUCAAAGGAAGGUUGGUGAUCCUUUCGAUCCGAAGACCAUGCAAGGACCUCAAGUAGAACAGGACAUCUUUGAUAGAGCCAUGAAAUAUAUUAGCAUAGGGAAAAAGGAAGGAGCUACUUUAGUAACUGGAGGAGAACGGCAAGGAAAUGUUGGCUAUUUUAUUAAGCCAACAAUCUUUUCUGAUGUUACUGAUGACAUGACGAUUGCAAAAGAAGAAAUUUUUGGUCCAGUUCAGUCAAUUUUAAAGUUUGAUACUAUGGAAGAUGUCAUCAAAAGAGCCAAUAACACAACCUACGGUCUAGGAGCUGGAGUUUUAACCAAUGACAUCAACAAAGCUCUUACAUUUGCACAGGCAGUUGAGUCUGGUAGUGUUUGGGUAAAUCAGUAUGGUGCAGUGUCCACAACUGCUCCAUUUGGAGGAUAUAAACAGUCUGGAAUCGGUCGUGAAUUUGGUGCUGAAGGUUUGGAGCAAUAUUUAGAGACCAAAACCAUUUCCAUCAAACUUACUGAAAGUGCCUAAAGUUACUACUUUAUAAUUAUUGUUUGAUACAUGAUGAUAAAUGAAUAAAAAUGAAUUAUUUAUACAGCAAAAA